AUGGUGCCUCCGAUGAUUACUCUAGAGGAGCACUACCUCUCUCAAAAUGUCCGCAAGCAUCUCGCCGACACAGGGCGCGAGGAUCCAUAUGCACAAUUCCCUAAGCCUCUGAUUGACAAGCUUACCUCUCUCGGUUCUGACCGUCUUGAGGCCCUGGACAACGGCAAUGUAUCACUGCAAGUACUCUCACAUAGCCCUCUCAAUGCUUCUCCCGACGAGUGCCGCGCGACAAACGACAAUUUAGCAUCCGCAAUCAAAGACCAACCACGCUACGCCGCGUUUGCUUUGUUACCCAUGGCUUCUCCCUCUUCUGCAGCCUCCGAGCUCGAACGCUGCGUGAAACAGCACAAGUUUGUUGGAGCUCUGAUAAACAAUCACUGCAAUGGUACCUUCUACGAUGGCGAGUCGUUCCGACCCGUCUUUGCGAAAGCCGAAGAACUGGAUGUGCCGAUCUAUAUCCAUCCCACAUUUGCAGCAGAUGAGUGGAUGCCUCACUACCGUGGCAACUUUGGCGAAAAGGCGGCGAUCAUGAUGAGCAUAGCAGCUUGGGGCUGGCAUUCUGAGACUGGGCUUCACGUUCUGCGUCUCUGGGCAUCUGGGCUUUUCGACGAAUACCCAAAGUUGAAGAUUAUCAUUGGUCACAUGGGUGAGAUGUUACCCUAUCAGCUCGAUCGUAUCAUAUCAACCUCCGCAUCUUGGGCACCAGACAACAAGCGAGGCCUUGAACAAGUGUGGAAAGAAAACUUUUGGAUCACGACUUCUGGAAUGUUCAGCUUGGCGCCCUUGAGCUGUUUGCUAAGGAUGUGUGAAAGAGACAGAAUCUUAUACUCUGUUGACUAUCCGUUCAGUGGCAAUGAGAAGGGGUUGAAGUUCAUUGAGGAGGUCGAGUCGAGCGGUAUGUCUCUUUCUCCUCUCAAUCACGUACUACAAACGCCGACUUGUAAUUCUCUCCUCAAUCUUAUGUCAACAUUCUUCCCCACCAUGCUCCCAUCAAUUCUCAAGCCAACAAGACAAGAUGAAAUACAAAUCACACCAUCGCCAAACAUGAACAACAUCGAAAACAGCAUCAUCGAAAACUGCCGCUACCUUCACCCCGAGAAAGUCAACUUCAUGCUCGUCACUUCUUCCUACAGCGGUCUCCACGGCGCCCACAUCGUCGAGCGCCCUCAAGACGGAGGAAAACGCCUCAUGUCAUCGAGCUUCCGCACUACCACAGAAAAGGCUCUCAAAGAGUUGCUGGAGCAAGUCGAGGGUGAAGUGUACAGAAGACUCUAUGGAUACGGAGGGUUGAAGGUCAGAGAGUUGGGAAAGUGAGCCUGGCAGAUCUUAUACAGUCAGAUGAGCAGAGCAGGCUAGUUUUCUUCACUGUCGCUGUGCUUUACAUCACUUCCAUACUCUCACGUUUAAUUGGAUUUUGUACUUUUAUCUGAUCUUUCCAAACAAUG